AAGAAGAUCCUGGAAGUGGCUGGGACUGUCCCAGAGAUAUCAGAAGGGCCACCUCUUACAGACAACAGUCACAUGAGCUGUUCAGUCUUGCUGAGCAAACUCUAUGAUGACCUAAAGAGUGACAAAGAGAGGGAGAACUUCAACAAACUAUGUGAAGAAUAUGUUCAGCAACAUUUCAGCCAGCCUGGCCUAGAGGGCAAGCUGCGAGCCAUCCAGACAGUAUCAGUGCUUCUACAAGGGCCGAGUGACGUGGGUAACAGAACUCUGGAAAUGUCAGGAAUGAUGGAUGCCGUGAUAUCGCUGUGUGCCUCCGAAGAUGUUACUCACCAGCAGGUAGCGGUUGAGGCUCUAAUCCAUGCUGCAGGCAAAGCCAAGAGAGCUUCAUUUAUCACAGCCAACGGAGUGUCCCUUCUAAAGGACCUAUACAAGAAGAGCGAGAAUGACAGGAUACGUGUGAGAGCCCUAGUGGGUUUGUGCAAGCUUGGAUCAGCAGGAGGAACAGAUUUCAGCAUGAAGCAGUUUGCAGAGGGAUCUACACUUAAGCUUGCCAAGCAGUGCAGGAA